AUGGCACCGAAGGCAGAGAAGAAGCCCGCCGAGAAGAAGCCGGCGGAGGAGAAGAAGUCGGUGGUGGCCGAGAAGGCGCCCGCGGCGGAGAAGAAGCCGAAGGCCGGCAAGAAGCUGCCGAAGGACGCCGCCGCCGGCGGAGACAAGAAGAAGAAGAAGGCGAGGAAGAAUGUGGAGACAUACAAAAUCUACAUCUUCAAGGUCCUGAAGCAGGUCCAUCCCGACAUCGGGAUCUCGAGCAAGGCGAUGGGGAUCAUGAACAGCUUCAUCAACGACAUCUUCGAGAAGCUCGCCCAGGAAUCCUCCAAAUUGGCGAGGUACAACAAGAAGCCUACGAUCACAUCUAGGGAAAUCCAGACGGCCGUCAGAUUGGUGCUUCCCGGCGAGCUCGCCAAGCACGCUGUCUCUGAGGGGACCAAGGCCGUUACCAAAUUCACUAGCUCUUAGGUUCUUUUCGGCUUUUCUAGUUUGUGUAGUGGAUAGUUGCUUUUUUGAUUUUCUAGGGUUUAGGAAUUUUCCUAAUUUUAAUGAAUGAAUGAAUUAGUUUUCUCA